GGCGAUUCUUGUCACCAGAUGGUACUAUUAUUCUGAAUGGCCUUUCAUCAGAGAACAUAAAGUCAUCUAUGCCUCGUUCUGAUCCAAACCAUGCAGAUCAAAAGACAGAUAUCUUUGCUUUAGGGUCUGCGAUUUACUACAUGAUGACUGGACAUGAACCGUUUCCAGAGCUGAAUCCUUUAGUCGACGACGAUGAAGUGGAAAUAGAGGCAAGAUUCAAAUUGGGUCGUUUUCCAGCCUUGGAUCCCCAGCUAGGUGGCAAGGUUGUGCACAAUUGUUGGGCGGGAGCAUACAGGUCGGCUUCAGAGGUGGUUGAAGAUCUCCAAGAGCUUGCCAAAACUACUCUAGACGUA